AUGUCCCAAACUGUGUGGUCGGUCAUACAAACGCCUGGGGCAGUUUUGGGGAACGGAGAAACGUGCGGUCAUGGGAUAUUCAGUGGUGUCUGUACCUUGCAGCAGUUGAUCCCUCUAUUUUUGAUCAUUGGAUCUGGAGGUGUUGGGGCAGCCCUGUAUGUCAUGCGUUUGGCAGUUUUCAACCCUGAUGUCUGUUGGGACAAAAAAAAUAAUCCAGAACCUUGGAAUAAGCUGUCUCCCAGUGACCAGUACAAGUUCUACUCGGUUAAUGUAGAUUACAGUAAACUGAAGAAGGACCGUCCUGACUUCUGAACAACAUUCUCUUCUCCAUAAGCUGCACAGAAAGGUCUUCCGGAAGCCGUCCGCACAAUUAUCAUGCUUACUCAUCCAGGAAAUAAUUAAAUUUGCCUCACACUGCACUUGGUCAUGUGUUUAAAAGUGGUUUGUUGGGGUUUAAUAAAUGUCUGAAACUUGAA